GAUGUAGAGUACUUCGGAACACGCAGUAGGCCCCAAAGGAUCCAAGAGGGAGGAAAGGAAUAUCAAUGCUCUGAUUGUGAAAAAUCCUUCAAAACAAAUGGACAACUGCAAAGGCAUCUAAGCGUCCACUCAGGACAGAAAACACAUAAAUGCCCGGAGUGUGGAAAGAACCUCAAUGAUGAGAGCAGCCCUUGCAAACAUGAAACAAUCCAGCCUGGAGACAAACCAAAUAAAUGCCUGGAGUGUGGAAAGAGCUUCACUCAGAGGAGAAGCCUUUAUACACAUCAAAGGAUCCACACAGGGGAGAAAUGUUAUAAGUGCCCAGAGUGUGGAAAGAGCUUCAGACAGUUGGGAACCCUUUGUAGACAUCAAAAGAUCCACUGGAGAGAGAAACUGAAUAAAUGCCUGGAGGGUGGAGGAUCCAUUGAAAGACCCGGGAUUCCGCAAAGGAUCCCGGAGGGAGGAAAAGAAUAUCAGUGCCCGGAAUGCGAAAAACGCUUCAAAACAAAUUCACAUCUUCAAAGGCACCUAAGGAUGCACUCAGGACAGAAACCUCACAAAUGCCUGGAGUGUGGAAAGAGAUUCAGAGAGAAACGUUACAAAUGUCUGGAGUGUGGAAAGAGCUUCAAUAUGAGUGGAAACCUACAUAGACAUCAAAAGGUCCAUUUGAAUAAAUGCCUGGAGGGCAGAAGAGUCCUUCGGAAGACCCAGAAGACCCCGAAGGAUCCAGGAGGGAGGAAAGAAUAUCAGUGCCCGGAAUGUGAAAAUCUUUUCAAAACAAAUGGAAAUCUUAAAAUACAUCUAAGCAUCCACUCAAGAGAUCAAUCAUUUAAAUGCAAGGAGUGUGGAAAAAGCUUCAAUCAUAGGAGUAGCUUUGAUACACACUAUGAUGCCAGUCUCUUAUGUCCAUGA